AUGAACAAGUCAAGGCUGUCGAUGGAGGACCUCUUCCGAGAAGCGACUGGGGAGAGAUACGAUAUCUUCCUCCGUCAUGGCAAGUCGUCGGACCCAGCGGCUGAGAGCUACGUCAAGUCGUGGCUGCCGAUGGUGGUCGAGGAGUUCAGGUCCGAAGUGAAAGAAGAGAUUGCGAGCAUGUUGGCGAGUAAUGGGAGCAUUACGGCGGACAACUAUGAUGUAGAGGUCGUGCAGAAGAGUUACGGGCAGGGACACGAGACCAUGUGUAGAAUACAUAGAGAGAAGAAGAGCCCAACCGAGCGAUCAGCUGAUGUCGACGAUCCCAUAGUUUACAACAUCUUGUACUGUUCAGAGCUCAAUCACACCCUCUUCGUCAGUUUUCCAGCCGCGUCCUCCCACAACGUGUUCCGGACUUUCGACUUGGAGGAUGAGAAGCUCUGUCCAAGAAGAUGGGCAGCAGGGGACAAGAUGAAGUGCAAGCGAGUGACUACUGCCCUGCCGUUCCUGUACCGACUCCAUUCCCUUCAUUCAAGUAAUCCCGCAUAG